GUGACGUCAGAGGGAGGAGCGCGGAGGGAGAUACGGAAAGUGAGAGGGGCCAGUCCCCACUGUCUCUCUGGAGGCGGAGAAGGAGCAAGAUGGUUUACAUCUCGAAUGGACAAGUGUUGGACAGCAGGAGUCAGUCCCCAUGGAGAUUGUCUUUUAUAACGGAUUUCUUCUGGGGAAUAGCCGAGUUUGUGGUUUUGUUUUUCAGAACUCUGUUUCAGCAAGAUGUGAAAAAGAGAAGAGGCUACGGAAGCUCAUCUGAUUCCAGAUAUGAUGAUGGAAGAGGGCCACCAGGAAACCCGCCCAGAAGAAUGGGUCGAAUUAAUCAUCUGCGUGGCCCUAAUCCUCCUCCAAUGGCCGGUGGAUGAGGAAGGUAA